AUGGGCAAGCAGCAGCGACUUAAGAUUAUCCCAAGACGCAGUGCAGCGAGAGGACAUGUCGACCAUGGCUGGAUCAAGGCUUACUACUCUUUUUCAUUUGCGGAGUAUACCGACAAGAAGCAUACACAGUGGGGUCCGUUGCGGGUGAUCAAUGAGGACCGGAUAUCGAAGGGUAGAGGGUUUCCAGAGCAUGAGCAUGACGACUUCGAGAUCUGGACGUAUCUCAUGAAGGGCGAGCUGACACACCGGGAUAACCUGGGUCAUGUCGAAACAAUUGGCCCGGGUGGCAUUCAGUAUACAAGUGCCGGUACAGGCAUUCGCCAUUCUGAGGUCAACGAUAACAAGAAGAAGGACUGUCAUCUUCUUCAGAUAUGGGCAAAACCUGCAAUCUCUGGUCUCAAGCCAACGUACUACACCCGAACACACACCCCCACCUCAAAGACUUCGGUCCUAAAGCCCAUCGUCCUACCCCACGCAUCUUUUCCACCGAACACAACACACGAGACAACCGUUGCAGGUUCAGACACAGCCAAAUCAGACGCGCCGAUCCCAAUUCACCAGGAUCUGGCAAUGUACGCUUGCAUCCUUCCACCCGGAGAAACUGUAACACACACCUUCGGCUCGUUUGGAGGGAAGUGUAACAACAAGAGGAAAGGGCACAUUCAGAUCGCACAAUCAAGCGGAUAUGUACCACCGAACGAAGAGGUGAAGAACGGUGCUAAGAUCCUGCUGAAUGGGGAGGUCGAGCUUGGGGAAGGAGAUACCGCAUACAUCGACGGGGCAGUGCCGGGAAUGGAGAUCACCAUCCAGAAUGUGGGAGAGAAAGGCGGCAAGAAAGCAGAAUUUAUCUGGUUUGACAUGACUGCAGAUUCAUGAAGAGCCCAAGAACGUUGGUCAUAUAGAAUGAAUUAAGGAAAAUGGUAUCAAAACUAGCUAAAAACACAGGGAAACUUUUCC